GAUGCCCUAGACGUGAAUAGGACAGCACAGGUGGAAACAGGGCACUAAAGAACAUCAAUGUGCAAAAAAAUGAGUGCAUCGUAGUAUCAUUGCCAGCAAAGAUAGUGCUAGGUUGUUGGUAACAAGGAUGCUGGACCAAAAAAAAAUUUUUUUCCCAUAGUAUCUUUUGUUCCAAGUUACCCUAUGAUUAAAUGUAAGGCUGAAGAAUUGAAGCUUGGAGUUUAAAAAUAAAUGAGUAUGAAAACCAUAACAUUCAUAGGAAAUGCAUUCAGGACUAACAGUGUUUCCGUUGUUCUUCAGGCUGUCCUCUGUUUCACAAUGGCCUCCCUUGCUGCAGCCAAUGCAGACUUUUGCUUCAACCUGUUCAGAGAGUUGGACAACAAUCAAGGGAAUGGAAAUGUGUUCUUCUCCUCUCUGAGCCUCUUCACUGCCCUGGCCCUGGUCCGUCUGGGGGCCCGAGGGGACUGUGCAGCUCAGAUUGAUAAGAUGCUUCACUUUAACACCGUCCCAGGAUGUGGAAAAGCUUCUCAUGCCCAGCCAAGACUCCAAUCUCAACUGGAAAGAGUUCUCUCUGAUAUAAACGCACCCCACAAGGAUUACCAGCUCCACAUUGCAAAUGGUGUUUUUGCAGAAAAAGUGUUUGACAUUCAUAAGAACUACACUGAAUGUGCUGAAAAAUUAUACAAUGCCAAAGUGGAACGAGUUGACUUUACAAAUGACGUAGAAGACACCAUGUAUAAAAUUAAUAAAUGGAUUGAAAAUCAGACACGUGGCAAAAUCAAGAACAUCUUGCCUGAAGGUAGCAUAAGCUCGUCUGCUGUGAUGGUGCUGGUGAAUGCUGUAUUCUUCAAAGGCAAGUGGGAAUCAGCAUUCACCAAGAGCAAAACCCUCAACGGUUAUUUUAAAUCUCCCAAGUGUUUUGGGAAAGAAGUUACCAUGAUGCAUCAAGAACGGAGGUUCAAUUUUUCUGCCAUUAAGGACCCACGCAUGCAGGUCCUUGAGCUCAGAUAUCAUGGUGGCAUAAGCAUGUACAUCCUGCUGCCUGAGAGUGACAUAUCCCAAAUUGAAAACAAAAUGACCUAUCGGAAUCUAAUGGACUGGACCAGCCCAAGAAAAAUGAGCUCUCAGUAUGUCGAGGUGUUUCUUCCACAGUUCAAGAUAGAAAAAAAUUAUGAAAUCAAACACUAUUUAAGAGCUCUAGGACUGACAGAUAUCUUUGAUGAAUCCAGAGCAGAUCUCUCUGGCAUAGCCUCAGGUGGUCGUCUGUAUUUGUCAAAGUUGAUGCACAAGUCUUACAUAGAGGUCACAGAGGAGGGCACCGAGGCGGCAGCCACCACGGGAACUAACAUUGUAGAGAAGCAACUCCCUGAGUCUGUGGUGUUCAGAGCAGAUCACCCAUUCUUGUUUUUCAUCAGGAAGGAUGACAUCACCCUGUUUAGUGGCAAAGUCUCUUGCCCUUGA